AUGAGCAUGAUCAAAAUCCGAAAUCAAAAAGUCCGAAGGGUAAUGAAGUUUUACGAUAAAAAGCUUGAUCUACCUAUCACUCCGAAGGCUUUUCAGUUUUGUAGCUUUGAUAAAGUUGCGGAUGCUCCUCUUCCAGAUCAUGAUAUUGAUCAAGUGCUUUUCUCGUUCUAUCUCAAACAUAUGAAGCCUCAACACCAAACUUGGAGCUCAAAGAAGAUUACUGUUGUCAAAGUUUUUGGACCAAUUGAAACUGAGAGUUUUAUCAAUGCUCGGUUUAAAGCUGCUUGA